CAAGCGUUCAUAUCUGUCGCUGUGUGUUGUGAGUGACGCAGAGAAUGGAUUUGUGCAGAUAUCCGUUGGAUCUCAUUCUAGUUCCCUUGAGCCUCCUCCUGACAGCAGGUUAUCACACCUACAUCUGGUUCGGCUCCAAGGCCAAGCAACCAGCCACCACGAUCGGGUACACUAUGAGCAAGAGAGAAACAUGGCUGCAAGGCGUCAUCCAGGACAACAAGAAGAAAGACAUGCUAGGCGUCCAGAGCUUACGGAACGCUCUCAUGUCGGCGAUACUCUCGGCAUCGAUCGCCGUCACCAUCAGUACCUCCUUGGCUGCUCUGGCUAACAACGCCUACAACUCGAGCCAUCUCCGCCGGCACGAGUUCUUCGGUUCGCAAGAAGGGUCGACGGUGGUGCUGAAAUACGCUUCUGCCUUGCUCUUCUUGUUGUUCAGCUUCUUGUCCAACUCCUUGGCGAUCGGGUGCCUCAUCGACGCCAACUUCCUCAUCAAUGCCGGGGAGGAGGAGUUUCACAAGCAGGCGCAGAAGAUGCUGAAGAGAGGGUGCGUGUUGGCUGUCGUGGGCAACCGAGUGCUUUUGGUCACGCUUCCGAUGCUGUUGUGGUUUUUUGGUCCUGUGCCGAUGGCUUUGUCCUCGGUGGCCAUGGUUUUGGUAUUCUAUGAGCUUGAUUUAGGCGACAUGGGUUGGAAAGGAGCCCCCUUUUGGAGUCGUCGACUCAAAUCUGUCAGCAAGUCGCUGAUCUAAGUUUGCUACAAGGAGAAUCAACGUUGUUGCAACAACUUAAUCAUCAUCAUUCAUGUUA